CGUCGCAGGGCAGAAAGUUCCUCCAGCACUAUAAAAGCACUUGGACGCUCAAUCUCACCAUCACUGUAAGUCCUCUCCUCAGAGACAUACACUCUACAACCAUGAGAUUCCAGUCCAUCUUAACAGUGCUGGCCCUGAUGGUGGGCGUCUCCUAUGCCGGUAUAAUCUAUAAUAGAUAUGGAGGACUAGGCGGCGGACAUGGUGGUGUUGGCUUAGGUGGACUUGGCCACGGUAUUGGUGGUGUUGGCUUAGGUGGACUUGGCCACGGUAUUGGUGGUGUUGGCUUAGGUGGACUGGGUGGUGGACUUGGUGGAGUUGGCUUAGGUGGACUGGGCGGUGGACUUGGUGGUGUUGGCUUAGGUGGACUGGGCGGUGGACUGGGCGGUGGACUAGGCGGUGGACUAGGCGGUGGACUUGGCCGCGGUCUUGGUGGAUUUAGUCGCGGUGUUGGUGGAUUCGGCCGUGGAAUUAGUGGAUUUGGCGGCGGUUUUGGUGGAUUUGGUGGCGGCAUUGGUGGAUUCGGUGGCGGCCUUGGUGGCAUUGGCGGCCUUGGCGGAUAUGGCAGGAGAUAUGGCUACUACGGACGAUAAUGCUGACGAGAGCUGCAGCUGGCAAAAUUAGAUGUGGUCAUGUCACAUCAACAAUCUUGUCAAUAAAUAUAUUAGUAAA